CCCUCCCGACCGCACGUGCCGGCGCGCUCCUCCGCCGUCCCCUGCUCAGCCCAGCGCAGCUCUCCCAGCCGCCGUCCGUCCAUCCAGCAUGUCUCAGUGUCUGGUGACCACCCUCCCGGAGACGUCUUCUUCCCCUGUGCGCGGUGUGACCCUCACCGCUGGCCGGCAGUGCGCCCACUCUGCGGACGUGCAGCCGGUGCCGGCCGGCGGUAUAGACGCCUCGGCCGCUUGUCAGGAGUGCGACCACAAGGACGAGAACUGGCUCUGUCUCCACUGCUAUAAGGUGCUGUGCAGCCGCUUCGCCAAGGAGCACAUGAUCAAGCACAGCACGGAGGCCAACCACCACGUGGUGCUCAGCCUGGCCGACCUCUCCACUUGGUGCUACGGCUGCGACUCGUACGUCGACAACGACAAGACGCAGGCGGCCAAGGACGCGGCGCACGCCAACAAGUUCGGCAAGUAGGCUCGGCGGCGGCUGGGGACCGUCGGCCGCGGCCCAAGCGCGCGGCGCAGGACCGAGGCGGCGCGACCAGGUCCUGCCUCCCCAUCUGCUAUUCGCUGCGCUGUUAUUGCUUGCACUGACGUGUCAAGGAUAAAAAUUGCCUCGUGAGCCCGGCACUGCGGCUCGCUAGAC